AUGUCAACUUCACCUUCUUCGUCAGAAGAAGUUGGAGGCAGAGAUGGUGGUCGUGGCGGAGACGGUGGCGGUGAACUUGAAGGACCAUCAAUCUCUCGCAGUCGCAGACGAUUUGGAAACCGAGUCUGGCCGGCCCCUUUUCUUGAGGCUCUGGCUGCCCAAGUCUCCAUUGAUGCCUCUCGCUCCACUGGGCGCCUUUCUGCUGCUCCGGCUCUCUGCAGCCUCUUUCAGGUAUGUUCCACAUGGCGGGCUGUAUCACGCUCUGACCUCCUAUGGCAGAACCUAACAAGGCGUAUUUGGAACCGUGAGCAGCUGCUUCUCACCCACAACACUUGGGCAGAAGAAUUUAUUUAUUGGCAUCGUACUGCUAAUAACUUCCGCUUGCACGGAUAUGCUUACGCAACCCUGCAAUUGCUCCCAGCAGAUUACAACAAUAACAAUGAGGGUAUCUCCUGUACCCGUCUUGCGCUGUCUGACCACUACCUAGCAGCAGGUUUAUCCAAUGGUUCUGUGUGCCUUUUCCAUGUUCCCAAUAGGCUUCAUGUCUCAACAUUCCAUCCUCAUCACCGUGAUCGCCUAGGACGCUUCUCCAGCUCUGUGUCCGGAAUCAUCCUAUCUGAUACUCAGGUCGUGUUUGCCUCACUCGAUGGUGACAUUCAUGUUGCAAUGAUUAACUAUCCCAACCCCCCACGCCGAGCUCAUCCAGGGGAAGUUGUCAAUGACGGUGCUUUGGUGGACUUCACAGGAUGUAAUCGGUGGUGGGUUGGCCUUUAUGCAGGUGUUCCUGGGCGUGCUUUUCACGUGUGGAAUAGCGAGACUGAAGAGCUAGUUUUUGUUGGCGGUUCGCUGACUGAUCCAGAAGCUGUAAUGGGGUGGCAUUUACUUACUGAUCAAUUGACAGAAUUUGUGGGCCGAAUCAGAGUCACAAGCCAUGAAGCUGCAGUGGGAUGCACAAACCUUAGAGUCGUGGUUUUUGAUUUAAGAAACCCGGAUAUCAUAUUGGGAGAGGAAGUGUUUCAGAGGGAAAUUGUAGUAGGUUGUGUCGAUGCUAGUGGUCAAUCAUUCAUGGUAGUGGAUAACCGUGGUUCGGCAAGCGUUCGGCUAGUUGGCACAUUGGAGGAAGUGUGUAGAUUCACCAUGAGGGGAGCCUCGCAGAGGGAUGUUUUGGGGUGCAUGAAUGGUGGAUAUGCAAUGCUAUGCACCGCAGGUGUUAUUAGGGUAUGGAACAUAGAGAAUGGAGAAUAUUUGUACAGUCUUAGAGAAAGAAUAGGCGACGCGAAUGCCCUAGUUGCUGAUGAAAGGCAUGUGGCUGCUUGUUCCAGGGAUACCACAAUUCACCUAUGGGAUUUUGGAGCUCAAUAA